AUGACUUCGCGCAUCUGCGUUAAGGGCCUCCCGAAGCAGUGCUCAGACCAGCAAUUACGCGAGCAUUUUUCCGAAAAGGGAGACAUAACAGAUGCCAAGAUCAUGCGCACAGAGGAUGGGCAUUCCAGGCAGUUUGGCUUUGUGGGCUUCCGCUCAGUGGCUGAAGCGCAGGCGGCAGUCAAGUAUUUCAAUCGCUCCUUCAUGGGGGCACAGCGCCUGACUGUGGAAUUCGCUGAAAAGUUCAGAGGCAGCCAUCUGCCCCGUGCCUGGAGCAAGUACACGGAAGGAAGCAGCCGCUACCAGAAGCUGCAUCAGGAUGAGGAGAAUGAGGAGAAGCCAAAGGGCGUCCGGGAGCUGAAGAAGCUGAAGAAGCAGCAGCGCAUGGGGGGCACAGCACCCGAAGAAGAGGAUCCAAAGCUGGCGGAGUUCCUGCAGCUGAUGCAGCCGCGGCGCGCCGGCGCAAUCUGGUCAAACGAAGAUACUGAGCUGGCGGCGGCGGCGGCGCAGACGCGCACCGCCGCCGGCAAGGCUGGCAGCACUGCCCCUGAGGCAUCCAACGGCGGCGAGGCUCUGGCAGGGGAUAGGCGGCAAGCAAGCAAAGGCGGAAAGAUGCAGGCUGUCCCUGCCCAGAAGGAUGCAGCGGUGGUGGAUACUGGUGUUUCAGACAUGGACUACCUGCGCUCGAGGGUGACCGGCAAUUUUGACGAGUCGGCCUCAGAUGAGGACAAUCUGGAGGAUGAAGACGCAGGAAUUGAAGGUGCAGUGUCUAUCACCUAUGCUAUUGAAAGAAAAGCGGUGCAUGCAGGGGAUGUUGCCGCUCAGCAGGCUGGCGCUGAGGCGUCCGAUGACAGUGACGGGGACGAAUUGGACCUUGAUCGCAUGGGCAGCCAUGGCAAGGCCGGCACCAAUAUUGGCGGAGAAGGGAGCGCAGCGGAGGAGGUCAGGGCGCAGACGAAGGAGGCAAGAAUCGAGGAGACCGGACGGCUGUUUGUGCGGAACCUGCCGUACUCAGCGACCGAGGCUGACCUGGCGGAGGCCUUUGGGCAGCACGGGCAGCUCUCCGAGGUGCACAUCGUUGUGGACAAGGCGACGAGGAAGUCCAAGGGCUUUGCCCUGAUACAAUAUGAGGAGGUGGCUGAUGCUAUCACAGCGAAGGAGGAGCUGGAUGAGUCCAUUUUCCAGGGCCGCCUGCUGCAUGUGCUCCCCGCGCACCGGCCCCCGCCGCAGCGCAGCGCAGCGCAGGCCGAGGCACGCCCCCGCACGGACUCUUUGCUGCGAAAGCAGCUGGCCUGCCUUACUUCCAUUUGCAGGGAGGGCGCCGGAAACCGCGCGGCGUGGAAUACUCUCUUCAUGCGGCCGGAUACGGUGGCGGCAGCAGUCGCGGAACACUACGGCGUCUCGCGGGCCGAGCUGCUCGACCGCGAUGCCUCCGAUCUGCCGGUGCGCAUGGCGUUAGGCGAGACGCACGUAAUAGCAAUGACUAAGCGCGCGCUUGGCGAGGCCGGCGUUGACGUGGCGGCGCUUGAGGCGGCGGCUGCGGCCGGUGGCAGGGCGGCCGCAAAGACAGCUGUCGCUCGCAGCCCAACCACACUACUCGUCAAGAACUUGCCGUAUACUGCCAGCGAGGCCGAGCUGGAGGAGACCUUUGGCAAGCUUGGGGCAAUAGCACGGCUGGUGCUGCCCCCAACGCGCACACUGGCGCUUGUGCAGUUCGCAGAGGCGGCCGACGCGCGCCGGGCAUUCAAGGCGCUGGCCUACAAACGUUUCCAGUCUGUGCCGCUCUAUUUGGAGUGGGCACCCGCCGAUGUCUUCAGCCCUGACGCGCCCCUGCAGCCUCGACUCCAGGCGCAGGCCGUCGUUGCCAAGAAGGCCAAGAAGGUUGACACAGAUGAGCCGGUGGAAGUGGCUGACCUGCCAGCUGGCGAUGACGAGGCAGAGUCCACCACCAUCUAUGUGAAGAACUUGGCCUUUGCCACCACCGACGCCACACUCAGGGCGCAUUUCGACGCGGUUGUGAGCGCGGCGGGAGGCAGCAUCCGCGCAGCCAGCGUGGCAAAGAGGAAGGGCCCGGACGGCAAGCCGCUGUCGUCGGGCUUCGGCUUCAUCGAAUGCUCCUCUGAGGACGUCGCCAAGAUUGCCAUCAAGAAGCAGCAGGGGUCCAUACUGGACGGGCACAAGUUGGCGCUGCAGCUCAGUUUGCGCAAGGUGGGCGGCAAGGCUGCAAAGCCUUCUGCCAAAGAGACGGCGGCCGCUGCCGACACCGGCAAGGCCAAGGGGACGAAGCUCGUUGUGCGGAAUGUGGCGUUUGAAGCCACGCGCAAGGACGUGGCCGCCCUGUUUGCGCCCUUUGGGCAGAUUAAAAGCUGCCGGCUGCCCAAGAAGUUUGACGGCAGCCACAGGGGCUUUGCGUUCGUGGACUUCCUGACAAAGCAGGAGGCCAAAUCCGCGGCUGAGGCGGUGGCUGGCACGCAUCUGUACGGGCGCCGGCUGGUGGUGGAAUGGGCGGAGGCUGACGAGGCCGGCCUGGAUGAGCUGCGCGCAAAGACGGCCGCACGCUUCCGGCCGGACGAGGACGCCGCGGGAGACCAGCACCCGGCCAAGAAGCAGCGCAAGAAUCUGGACUUUGUCUAG